CUCCCACACUGUAUCCCGUAACACCUGUUAAAUUCGGAAUAGGUCAUUCAAGACACCUACAAAAAUCGCCGCUAGACGAGGCUGAAGGGUUUGAGUAUGAGCGCUCAAAAUGUUGGAUCCACUGGUGGACAUCAGGCUUUCAGAUUCCACAUGGUCACAUGGAAUGUUGGCACAGCAGAGCCACCAGCUGAUGUGAGGUCAUUACUGCAGCUUGACUCACAGCCGACCACUGACCUCUAUGUGAUUGGUCUACAGGAAGUGAAUGCUACUCCAGUUCGGUACAUCUCUGAUCUCAUUGCCGAGGACACAUGGAGUCACCUCCUCAUGGAUACUCUGGCCCCAGAGGGAUACAUCAAGGUGACUUCGGUGAGGAUGCAGGGUUUAUUGCUGAUAUUGUUUGCCAAGCAGGUCCACUUGCCUUUCAUCAGAGACAUCCAAAGUACAUAUACACGCACAGGCCUGUUUGGAUACUGGGGAAAUAAAGGUGGAAUUUCAGUGCGUUUCUCGUUUUAUGGUGAAAUGCUGUGUUUUCUAAACUGUCAUCUGGCGGCUCAUAUGAACUAUGCACUGCAACGGAUGGAUGAGUUUGAAUACAUACUGGACACGCAGGAAUUUGACAUGUUCAACACACCACAAGUGCUUGACCACAAGGUGGUCUUCUGGUUUGGGGAUCUGAACUUUCGUAUCGCUGACCAUGGGAUGCACUUUCUCCGUUCCUCAAUCAACAAUGGCCGCUUUAACCUGCUUUGGGACAGAGAUCAGUUGUCCAUGUUGAAGAAGAAAGAACCUAUUCUUCAAGAGUUUGAAGAGGGACCACUGCGCUUUAAACCCACAUAUAAGUUUGACCGUUUCUCGGAGACAUACGAUACAAGUGGCAAAAAGCGUAAGCCUGCCUGGACUGAUCGUAUUUUGUGGAGAAUAAAACCCAAAGCCACAGAGACUGAGGAUGAGAAGAGGUCGACCGCAUCAUCAGCUGACGAUGAUGAGUUUCCUGUAAAGGUGACACAGGACAUGUACACCUGUGAUGUCUCAUAUGGGGUCAGUGACCACAAACCCGUCAUUGGGACCUUCAAUCUGGAGAUGAGGAAAAAGGUGGAGACGCCUCUAGUCGCACUAACCGUAGAGGGAAUCUGGAGCGCAGAUGAAGAUGCCAUAUUCACUUACACCAUUCUGGAAAACUUUGAGUCCUCAACCUUUGACUGGAUUGGACUAUACAAGAUUGGCUUCAAAAGUGCCUCCGAUUACUCCACUUUCGCCUGGGUCAAAGAUGAUGAAGUGGCUGCCAAUGGCGAAGUCGUGACGGUCCAGAUGAAUAAAAAUGAGCUCCCUCUGCUGGCAGGGGAUUAUGUGCUUGGAUAUUUUAGCACCAACAUGCAAACCCUCAUCGCAUUUAGUCCGAAUUUCCAGAUUCUAGAGUCGAAGCGAGCUGUAAUGGAGGGUCUGGUUCAAGAAAACAUCAACGGACUUGAGAAAUAACUGGAAUGUCUUUUAAUCUUUGUUGUAUGAAUUCACAAAUGCAGCAAAAUCUGAUCUGGAAUCAGCUUUUCCUCUGUGUAAAUGGACUUUGCUUUGGCUUUAAAAGGUUUACAACUAAUUCUGAACCAGAUGUCUGAC